AUGACUGAGUUUCUCAAUUACGAGGUCACGCUUCAGUUCAAAGAUGGUACCGAUACGAAGGGUGUUAUUUCCCAUGUUGACGGCUCGCUGAUUACGCUUGGAAACAAGAACUACCCCAAUGUUCAAAUCAAGGAUUUGAAGGUGAACCAGUUACCGGCCGACUUUGCUAAAGAGCAGAAGAAGAAGAAAAAGAAGCCAUUGGAGCAAAUCGAUGAUGCCAUUGUUUCUGCUUCCAAGAGCACGACUAGAAGUGGCACGCCAAAACCACGGGAUGGGGUGCAACCUGAAUGGCCGUCCAACGUUCAAGAUAUCAAAAGCUCUGAGGACUUUGAUUUUGCUGCUAACUUGGCUAUGUUUGAUAAAGCUUCUAUUUUUGCUGACUUCCAGAAAAACGACAAGGUCAGUCUGCAAGACAGACUUGUGGGUCACAACAAGAAGGAGAAUGUUCAGAAACCAAAGAAGCAACCUCUGCAGAAUGAUAAAUUCGAUAAUGAUGAAAUGGUGAUCCCAGCUGGUAAACAGGAUAACUGGAAUAAUCUCGGAUCUUCCACCAAGAGACUCGCUCUGCCCUUGGAAGGAUCGAGAGCAAACAGCAUUCCAUCUCUUUUGGCAAGAGACCUGUUUACCGCUAAACCACACAAGUUUAUCUUCUCGGACAACUCAACCGUUCCCACAGCAUCACCAGUUCAGUUACUAGAGAUAGAAAGAAUCGCUGGUACCACUUUCGCUUACGACCAAAAGUCCAUGAUUGAAGCUACUGCCAUCAACUUAUACAACUUGGUGGUCAAGGAGAUUCUUGGAGGCGCUGUCCGUCUCAGUAACAGAAAGAACCACAAUUUGCCACCCUUGGUGUUGUUAUUGAUUGGCAAUGGCAGAUCAAGCAGCCGAGCUUUCGCUCUUGGGCGUCAUUUGGCGAACCACGGUGUUCGUGUUUUAGCAUAUGUGAUCAACGACGCUGACUUGGACGAUGAAACCCGUCGUGAGUCUGAAGUGUUUGAGAAGUUCGGCGGUAAGUGCAUUUCAGCUGAAUUCCCUGUCUUGUUGGACAUUUUGAAUAACCAACUUGAAACGCCAGUGGAAUUGAUCAUCGACGCCUUACAAGGUUUCGAAGGCCAUUUACUCGACAUGUUCUAUUCAGAAGAUAACCUCACAACGCUCAAGGAGCUUUCUCGCUGGGCAAACGAGCCAAAACAGAGAUCUAGAGUGUUAUCGCUAGAUAUUCCUUCGGGCAUUGAUGGUGGAUCUGGUACAGUGCUGGACCCUGAACUUCUCUUCCAGAGUCGCUACGUUGUUUCCCUAGGACUACCCAUCAGUGGCUUAUUGCAUGCUUACAACAACAGACUGAUUGGUGUGGGCCACGACGAAGUGUCUCACUACGUUGUUGACGCUGGCAUUCCUAAUGCCUUGUACAAUGUCAGAGCAAGUGUGAGAAAGUUCGACAAAUUCUGGUACUGCGCCGAGCUGUAUGUCCGUCUUGGAGUUGCUGAGCAGUGA